UGUUGGAUCAAGCCUGGACCUGAGAAAUGGAUUCUUCAGAGCUGUAAGACUUGUGACGAUAGUGAGGACUCCACACACUGGAUUCAGAUUGAACCCUUGACUUCCACUGUCCAGGAAGUGACAAUGUUCAGGCACAGGACACCCAAAGGGAGUUAUGAGUGCACAGUGUCUGGGCUCCGCUGGCUGUGUGAGAGAGAUGUCAUUCUGAAGUAUCACUUCAGGAACUGGGAACCCUACAGUCAACUUCUGAAAGACAUGCAGUACACACAAGGUGGUCCAUUGCUGGACAUCACUAUGGAGUUAGGUGAACUGGAGGAAGUUCAUCUGCCACACUUUGUCUGUUUAGGGACCAACCCUUCCCUGAGGAAUGAGAUGAAGGUUCUUCAUGUUGAGGAACAUGGAGUGUCUUUCGAGGAAGUACAUGAGGUCACCAGAUUCCAUGCUAAGAUUCUCCAUCCCAAGUUCUCAGCUAUCUCUCUGAUACUGAGAUUACUGUCUUGGAACAUAGAUGUCCACUGUGACGUGGUCCUCUAUUUGGCAGUAAAAAGGUCAACAGUAAUAUCAAGGCUGUACCUGCUCCUCAGAAACUCCAGUCAGAAAGAGGCUGUUCGGGAACGGGAGAAAGAUCAGCUGUCCCAAGGAUAUAAAGAAUUUCUCCUGCCAAGUCCAAACGGGCCCUUAAAGCUGAACAGUUCGUUUGCGUUCAAGAAUCCCCGCUCCACUUCCAUCAAUCCAGAGAAGAUUCAGCUGUUACCUGCAGACACCACACCAAGCUGUUGUCAGAUGAUUAUGGGAAACACAGGGGUUGACAUUGAGAUGGAGUUAAUCGGGGAUGAUGAGAGGACAGUAUGGAAAUCAGUGGUAUCAAAAGAUGUGUACAGCAACGACUCUCAUCCAAUAUGUAAGUUUGUUUUUGUGGACGAGGUUUAUAAAACGGGUUACAGAGCUAACAUCUCUUCAAGUUGUGAUGAAGAACACUGA